GUCACCUUAAAUUAAUAUUUUUUUUAUUCAUGUUUCUGAAAUCUGAAUUUUAAUGCAGGCUGCGGUCGUAUAUUGAUGUUUUCAUCUUUUCUUUCAACUUUUAAUUCUAUUCAAUUUGAUUAAAUAGUGUAAAUAUAUAAUAUCAGAUCAGAAAAAGCUUUCAAGUACAUCGAUAUUACAUCUAUUUCCAUGCUGUCGGGAUUGUCAAUGAGAAUGCCAUGUUUCAAGUGUUCAUUUGUGUGCUUCUUUCGAUGAUAAAACCAAAAACCAUCAUAGUUAUUACGGUCUGAUUGAUGAUUAUAUACUAAGGACUAUGGUUACGGUGCAGCAUUGAGUGAUUAGUUUCAUAAUGCCGGUGCAGCAAAUAAACGUGAAGAACUCUUCUGAUAUUGAAAGCUGGGAAUGGGGUGGAGGAUGUGGCAGGGAGGCCGUACGCGCAGGGUCUGGGAGUAGCCAAACCUCCUGCAGCAAUUCUAGCGGUGAUAUUUGUCGUAUCUGCCACUGCGAAAGCGAAGUACAUAACCCUUUACUAGCACCCUGCUAUUGUUCUGGAAGCCUCAAAUAUGUGCAUCAGAGUUGUCUUCAACAAUGGCUAACAGCUUCUGAAACAAGGUCAUGUGAACUAUGCAAAUUUAAUUUUAUUAUGCACACAAAAAUAAAACCAUUUGGAGAGUGGCGUUUGUUAGAGAUGUCGGGUGUUGAGAGGCGUCGGCUGUGUUGUGCGGUGUUGUUCCACUGCGUGGCGGCGCUUUGUGUGAUGUGGUCCCUGUUUGUGCUCAUAGAGCGCGCCGUCGAGGAGGUCAACAGGGGGCUCAUUGCGUGGCCGUUUUGGACGAAGCUCGUGGUGGUGGCGGUGGGCUUCACGGGCGGCGCCGUGUUCAUGUACAUCCAGUGCCGCCAGUACCUGCACCUCUGCAACCGCUGGAGGGCCCACAACAGGAUACUACUUAUUCAAAAUGCUCCUGAGAAGAUACCAAUAUCGGGAUCACCGCCGGUGCGCUGCAAGCGGCGUGAGCGAAGCACGCGCGGCCAAGUGGUGGCCAACAUCGAGCCGCCACCGCCGCCUGCCGUCUACCACGAGGAGGACGAGAGCGGCGGCUUUGAGACCUACCGCGGCAACCCGCACCGCCGCCUGUCCGCGCUCACCGACACGCGCCCGCGCGACCACGAGCCGCACGACGACGCGCGCCGCUACUCCGACACGCGCCUCGCGCAGCCCCCGCCCGACCACCCGGCCGCUCCAUCGGCACUCGAGGGCGGCGUGUACCACAUCAACGUGGACCCGCUGGAGGCCGACAUCCGCUCGCUGCUGGCGCUGGAGGCGCGGCGCCAGGCGCGUGCGGCGCGCUCUCUGCCCAACCUGCGCGCGUCGCGCGAGAGCCUGCUACCCGCGCCCGCGUCGCCGCCCGUCGCGCCGCUGCCCUCCUGAGGCCGCGCCGGCCUCACGCUCUACCCCGACGACACGGUUUACUAGCGAACCGGCGCGCGCGCCGAGCGCUGUCCGCCCUACGAGAUCUCCACCAAGUUAUAGUGCGGGGCGAGAUCGCCGCCCGAGCGCCGACACGACUGACCUGUGAAGUGCCCGCGCGACAGCAACGACUGGACGUUUGAGUUUGCUGUGGUGAUCGGAAGCGAAACUGUAUGAAGAAGAAUUGUGCUGUGAUUCAAACUUUGUCAGGUAUGAGUGACUGGGAUCGAUGCUGCUUUUAUACUGACGCCUGUAGCUGAUUUAAUUUGUUUCAUCACGUUGAGCUUGCUCUUCUGGCUUGUGGCAAAUUAUCACACCAUAGGUACCUGGUGAACCUGCGGAAGUGAUUCUAUUCUAACUCGUUCCAAGGAUACGAAAUAUAAUAUUACAGAUGAGUUAUUUCAAAGAUGUAGGCGAUAAAUGUUUUGGGAUUUCAUUUAAUAUUAGUGUGACAAAAUAAUAGUUUGAGAGUUUUCAAUUUGAUAAUAUCCUACUUAAAGUUAGACACUGUAAAAUAUCAAUAGAAUAUUACCACAGUCAUGUAAGAUGUAUGAAAUAUGUAUUGUACUUUCGUUAACACAACUCACGCCAAUAUUAUAAGAAUAGAUGAUAACUUUAAUUUUAGUUGUUGCUUUUCCUGCUUAUUGUUCCAAAGGUAUAAGACUUUGGCUAUUAUUACAGUUUAUUGAUUUUAUAAUACCAUUAUGAGAAAUUGGCAUUAGAAUUUGCUAAGUGCUAAAACUAUAUUAAUAAUUUUGUAAAGUUAAAAAUAUCUAAACUUUAAUCAUAUUGUUUGGAAUACUUUGAUUUGUCUUGUUAAUGAAUGUCCUCUAUUGAAACUAAAAAAAAUAAGUGACUCUCAUUUUUUUUUACUGAACAAUAAGAUUAUGAUAGAAAAUAAACUAUUUAAAUAUAGUAUUUUUACAAUUGAAUGGUCUAGUCCUUAUUGCCAUGCUUUGUUUGAUUGCUUUGAUCUACUAGAAAUUAUUGUUUGAGCAAAAGGUCUGUAUUAGGUAUUCUAUUUCCGAUAAACUAAAUAUGAUUAAUGGAACUGCGAUUCAAAAUGCGUGUAAUGAUUGUGUCCAGAUCAACAAACAGCUUAGAGUAUAUAUAUAAGUAAGCUGUGGAGCGCUUACAUCGCUCAUGAGCCAUUACACCAAUCGUAAGCAGAUGUUGUAUACAGUGUUUUUUCAACUGGGACAGUAUGGGAAAUACAAAAUCAUAGGAGACAGGGAACCUUUAGAUCUUUUUUUGAAAACAAUUUCGGCACAGUCAAUUUGUUGACCAAGCGCGAGUUGUCCUAAAGCAAAUAAAACUGACAACUUCUUUUUAAUACUGAUCGACUCAGUUUCACGCCAGAAUAAUUUCAUUGUAUCGAAAGAAAAAAUCGGCACGGAGGAGUUUGUCAAAAAGUAAAUUAUUUUGCCCAGUUAGAAGAACAUACUGUACACUGACUUUAAGGUUUCGCUUUAAGACAGUGCUUCACAAUGAUUUUAGUAUGAAGUUACUUAAUUCAAAGUGAAGUUAGGUAUGGACUGUAUGUCUUGGUAGAAUUAUACCUUAAGAAUUUUUUGUAUGUUGAGGUUAACAUACCCCAUGCCUAAGGUACAUUAUACUAAAGCGCGCUCUAUAGCUAGCUUAUAUUUACUCUAAGGUGUACCAGGUCCACGAAAAUAUUGAUGCCGUCUUUCCAUUAGUUAUGAGCGAAGAAGCGUAGUGAUGCGUAUUGGAUUGAAUCCUUUAAGAUAAACUAUCCUAUAAAAUUCGACGAAUUCUCUGUUUCUUCGUACAUUCCUAAUGGAAAGACUUUCUUAGGGCAGAUUUGACAGAUUUGGACUGCAUCUAAACUACAAUCUGACUGCAAAAUUGAAGUUCGGAUGGCGUUGAUAGAAAUACGCAGUCGAUGUGCAGUCCUAGAAUGGGCGCGAAGUGUGAACUGCACGUGGACUGCGCAGUCAGUCAGCAGUUGUGGUGCAGUUAUAUGGUGUUACAUCAUUCAAAUUGCAAUAUGCAGUCGAGUUGGUGCGAACACUAAAUGAUGUAUUCGCAUUUUUUCAAAAUCCUUAAGAUACCCCAUUUAAUUUUUAUCAUACUAUUUUCUAAAUCCCAUGCUCUAUCUUUGACUUAAAGCAAAAUUUGCGACUCUAGUUUUUCUCUAUAUACCUAGCCUUUACAUUUUUUAGCAUUUAAUUGAUUAUGAUCAAAAUAUCACAUUGCUUUUAUACUGACAUACUUAUUUAACAAUUAAAAAUGUGCAAAUAAUAAUACGUACCUAACAUAUAAAUAUACGAAGAUGAAUAAUAAUAAUAUGAUAAAUAAUGUGCAAUAAAUCCAACCAACGUUACUCAUAUUAAUGUUAUAUUGUGUAUUUUUUAUCAUUGUUCAAAAGCUCUACAUUUUUAGUCUGUGAUAGAUCUGAUUAACAGCUAGGAUAUUGGUAGUUUGUGGAAGCUUUAUUUUUCCUCAUCACAUGAAAAAGAAUAUAUUUUGAUAAAACAGUUUUGUUUUGUUUUAGUAAUAAUCAAAUAUUUUUUAAUUACUGUAAAACAAAACGUUCCAGAAGUUUUUAUGGAACAUGUAUAUUACUUAUAAAAAUUUGGACAAAUUAAAUCAUCAAAUUUAUUAAAAUUAUAACUUAACAAAACAUUUAAUUGGCAUCCCAAAUAUUUGACUAUUUCUAGCAAAUAUAAGCAUGCAUUUAUUUGUUUCUCCUGGUUGUAAAAAUGAUACACAUUUUGUUUUAAAUGUUUUUGUUUUGUUUUAGCUAUACCUGGUAGUUUUAGUUUGACUAAGUUUGUAACGUUUUAUCAUCGAGUAUAUAAAUUAUAAUUAUAAAAAUGGAAUUAUAUUAAUUAUGCUGUAAAUAUAGGCAUCAUAACAUACCUAUUUAAUGAUACACAGAUAUAACAGGAGUUUGAGCCUCAUAAACUAUACAAAGGUUAUUUUUAUAUUUAUAAUCUAAAUGGAGAGGGAAUGUUGUUAGGUGAGAAACAUUUGCAAUAAUCUCCCGUACGGCACGUGACACGUGUUAUCAUCAAAUUCUGUUAGCUUAGUAUAGUGCGCUGUUAACAAGUAAUCCAAUCUAAAGUUCCAACAUUUGGUUUGCGCAGGUCAUAGACUAAGAAUUAAAUACACAAGCCCAGCUGAGAUCGUUUUUGUAUAA